GGGGGCCAGGAGAGUUUGAUUAGAAUGCUCUUGGGUAUCGACGUACUUCAGCCAAAGAUUGCCAGUAUGCUUCUGGAAAAGCUUCCAGAGUUUACAGAAGAUGAUUGCAACAAUGGCACAGAUGAUUUCAACAUCCCUCGUUUGGUACUAAACCAGUUCAGAUGGCUUGACUGUGUCAUCCAGAGUAAGGAGUUGACUGAGAAGAUGCUGGAGAUUGUGGGAAUAACAUCAGUGGAAAUUCAGCGUGAAAUUAUAACAUGCGAACUUCUACGUCAGAACACAGGACUUACAGUUCCAAUCCUUGAUGCUUUGUCUAACCUCAACCUGCGCUCGGAUCUCCUGGCUGAGGUGCGUGCAUCAGUGAUACAGAUGUUACCCUCUGCAGAAAUCAGUGACUUGCCAGUUGUGGUCAAAUUUAUACUUCAGUCUGUUGGUGACAAUGAUGCGUUUGAGGUGAUUAGUGAAUUACGUGCAAGCCUGGAUUUCACAUCUACUUCUCUGCAACCUGCGGCCUGCUCCACUCCUGCUGAGCAACGACUAUCUUCAAGUGGAGGAUCAGCAAGUGAUGGGGAGCUUUUUACACUUGAAGCAAUUCGAUCAGGAAUUCGCUUCCAGAGAUCAGUUGCAGAGGGUUGGAUUAAGGCCAUUGAAUCUGUUAACUCUCCUGUGAAACACAAGGUUGUGGACUUGUUUGUGUUGCUUAUUCUCCACUCCACUGCAAAUCGAAAGAAGGCCAUGGAAAGCUUGACAAGGAAUAAAAUAAAGAAUGGUCAUUUUACGGAAGAAAUGUUGAGUGCAGCGUUUAGUUCACACUCACAGAUUCUGAGGGAAUAUUUCCCUGACUUGUUGUCCUUGGCAGAAAUUCUACUGAGGUCUCCUGAUCCAUCUGUCUGUUCAUAUGCCUGUUCUAUGUACAAGUUAUCAUUUGUUUCAUUUGACCUUUACUGUCAGCAGGAAGUGGUAGGGACAUUAGUGACCCACAUAGGCAGUGGAUUUGCAGCAGAAGCAGAUGCAUCAUUAGAUGUUCUUUCAGAUCUUGUUGAAUCCCAUGCAGAUGUUAUGGCCCCAUUUGCUAUAUUUAUUAAAGGUCUGUUGGAUUACUUGGACAAUCUCACUGUAUUACAGAUUAGAAAGCUAUUCAGUAUGCUAAGUACCCUGGCUUUUGCCAACCAACAAGAUGGAGGACUUAUUCAGGAUGACAUGCAUAUUGUGAUCAGGAAACAGCUGUCAAGUAAUUCUGCCAAAUACAAGAGAAUUGGUAUCAUUGGAGCUAUAAUGGUUGUACGCAGCAUGGCAAAGAAGAGAUCUGAGGAUGAGGGUUCUGAAGAAACAAUGAACACUCAGUCACAACCAAGAACCACUCUCUCUAAUGAAGUUUACAAACAGAUUUGUAGCAUGUUAGAAAUGAUACGUAACAGCACCAAUCAGAAUCCAGAAGCAGCAGCAUUGUUUUAUGAUGAGCUGGCAAGAAUUAUUCAAGUUGGAGGCAUUGAUCCAAAAAUUGAGGCCUGGAUAAGUGAAACAGUUGUGGCUGAUUUUCAAGAUGACUUCCUUGUGGAUAGAGAACCACCCACAGAAAGUCUUGGUGUUCCCAUGGAAUUAUCAUAUGCCUUGGAUGAGGCAGAGGAAGGCAGCAUUGCUGUCAAUAUGCUGCCAUUACUUUUAGCUUCCAGAAAUGGUGCAAAAAGCAAGGACAAAAUUGACAGUGGACCAGCCUCACUCAUAUGCCUUGCACCUCAUUUCCGCCUUCUGCGGGUCUGUGAAGAAAGUCAACACAAGGGGGAUCUUGAAGGAAUUGAUGCUCUCUUAGGGUGUCCACUUGUUAGUUUUAAAGAAGAGAUGAUCAAAGAAAUAACCUCUUUGGACCAAGCAGAUCGAGAAGUCAUUUGUGGAACUUUGUUCCACACUGUGAACUGGUUCAGAGAGGUUGUGAAUGCAUUUGCAUCCCAAGAAAGCCCUGAAUUGAGAGGGAAAAGCAUUGCAAGGAUUCAAGGCAUAACAGCAUUGUGUGCUGUUUUAGAAAAGUGUCUUGCAGCUACACCUUCCUUCAAGCCUCCACUGGCUACGUUUGACUUUGAAGACUCAUUGGUGACAAGUCCUCAUUCAAAUGGGAACAAGUUCAAGGCUAAGAAAGGGAAGAAGACUAGUAAAAGAUCAAGCACUGAAAAACCAGAUGAUUCUAUAGAAAAGAUAAAAGAUCUUGAAAAAGAAAAUGUCGAUGACAAAGAAAGUGAAACACAAAAAGAAAGCUCCAAAGAUACAAAAGAAAAGGACAAGGACAAGGAAAAGCCAGCGACCAUAUCUAUGUCACAGUAUCAAGCAUUUCUCAGAGAGUUAGAUCUCAAGACAUUUAGUAUUUUGAAAUGUGGACUGGUCUCCCGUGCAGUUUUGGAUUCUGAAAUGAAUACAGAGGAGACUACUAUAGUGCAACUUCAGGCUCCCCAGCUGGAAUUUCUGUUGGAGGACCUUUCAAGAAAACUUCAGUAUUCACUUUCAGCUUCUGCUUCUUCAAGGAGGAGCUUUCUCAAGGUUCGUCAGGAUAAACUGGUGGGUUUCUCUAACUUGUCCAGAUAUCCUGCAAAAGAAGUGUCCAAAUAUGUUGUAGAGCUGCUGCCAGUCUUAUGCGAGCAUUUAGAAGCCACCAGUGGCUUCUUUCAGGCUUUAGUUGCCCAAAAUGAUGGCCUGAUGGAUGGUCCAGGUCACAACACUGCUGAGGCACAAGUGAUGGCUUCAUGUUAUCACUUGCUUUUCAACUGUCUGCAGUCACUAUUUGCAUGGAGUGGUUUUGUGACAAGUGAACAACAAAACCUUUUCAAAAAAGCUCUUUUUGUGCUGUCCUCAAGAACUACACUCUCCAGCAAGACACAGCCAGGAUUUCAUGCACUUCUUGAACAAAGCUUCCACUAUCUUGAGCAGUUCCAAAGCAGUAUUCCAAACAUUGCAACAGCUGUUAGCCUUACCAAGCUGUUAGUAGUUUUGUGUGAGAAGGGAAGAGAUGGUGACAAUGGCAUGAGCAUUUCUCUAG